GCUUGAGAGCAGCGGCAGAGCCAGACUCUUCAACUCGCUGGCUAUUUUUAAUCCUUAUGAUAUUUGUUCUCGCUUCUCUUCGAAAAUGCAGCGCCUUUGUUUUGCGUUUGCAUUUGAAUUGCAUCCCACCAGCUCAGAUACAUAGCGUCAACAAUCCCGAUGUUAUUCCACUAAGGCACACUGGGUGUCUGCAGCCAAACAUUGCCAAACCGAUUGUGCUCUGUGUGCGCUGAACACACCCCUCCGAGCACCCCGUAUUGUAGUGCAGGCCGAAUAAUGGCUGCACAAGAGCCAUCCCCAACAUCUUCACUAGAAGGCAACAAACCCGGCUUCCCCAAGAAGAUCCUCGCGAACCACCUCGAAGACAAGCAUCUUUGCAAUUCGUGUCAGAAGAUCCUGAGGAGGCCUUUGCAAGCCCAGUGUGGUCAUCGCUUCUGCUCCUUCUGUUUCAACAAAACCGUGAGUUCUGGACCUCAGAAAUGCAGUGCGUGCAUACGGGAGGACUUGUUUGAGGAGCCCACUUCCAUCCUAAAGCUAGGCGGUGCCUUUCCAGACAACGCGGCUCGGAGAGAGAUAGAAGCUCUCACGGCCGUCUGUCCCAACGAGGGAUGCACAUGGACGGGAAUAAUCAAAGAAUAUGAGGCGGGCCACGAGGGGGACUGUGAGUUCCAGGUGAUCCUCUGUCCCUCGUGUAAAGAGCUGAUGAGGGCCAACGAGAAGGAGCGCCACAACGAACGCGAGUGUCCCGAGAGAACGCUCAACUGCAAGUACUGCAAAGAGCCGUUCCUUUUGAAGAACAUCAAGGCUCAUGAUGAAAUCUGUCCAAAGUACCCAAUGAUUUGUGAUGGCUGUGCUAAGAAAAAGAUUCCCAGAGAAAAGUAUGUGGACCAUAUUAGAUUCUGCAGUAAAUUUAAAGCGCCAUGCAGAUUUCAUGUUGUUGGCUGCGAUAUGUAUGUGGAGAAAGAGAAGGUGCACGAGCACGAGCGCGCCUGCUCCUACGAACACUUGAACAUGCUCUUGCACUUCAUCAUGGGCAUCAAGGUGAGCCUGGAGAGCCUGCAGCCCCAGAGCUUGGACGUGGCCAGCCACAGGCUGCAGGAGCUACACCAGUCCCUCAGGCACCUGGAGCACAAGAUGAACCAGCUGGGGGGAGGUGGUGUUCUUGGAGCUGUUGGUGGAGUUGGUGGUGGUGGUGGUGGUGGUGGCGGAGCUGCUGCUGCUCUGGUGUUGGGGGCCUGCGCCCCGGCCCCGGCGCCGGCCCCGGCCCCGGCGCCGGCCCCGGCCCCGGCCCCGGCCCUCGCCACCACCUCCUUCACGCCGCUGCCCAGCGGCGUGGGGGCGGCGCUGGAGCUGCAGCUGCACAGCGAGAAGACCAAGGUGGUGGAGCUGGGGCGGCGCUGCCAGCAGCUGGAGCUGAAGGUCAACACCUUCGAGAACAUCGUGUGCGUGCUGAACCGCGAGGUGGAGCGCUCCGUCAUCACCAUGGAGACGUACAACAGCCAGCACCGCCUGGACCAGGACAAGAUCGAGAUCCUCAGCAACAAGGUGCGGCAGCUGGAGCGGACGGUGGGCCUGCGGGACCUGUCCAUCGUGGAGAUGGAGGGCAAGAUGAGGGAGAUGGCGGCGGCCACCUUCGACGGCAUCUUCGUCUGGAAGAUCUCCGACUUCACCAAGAAGCGGCAGGACGCCGUGGCUGGCAGGGCGCCCGCCAUGUUUUCGCCAGCGUACUACACCAGCAAGUACGGCUACAAGAUGUGUCUGCGUAUCUACCUGAACGGGGACGGGACGGGCCGCAGCACUCACCUGUCUCUGUUCUUCGUGGUGAUGAGAGGACACAGCGACGCACUGCUCAAGUGGCCCUUCAACCAGAAAGUGACGCUGAUGCUGCUGGACCAGAACAACCGGGAGCACAUCAUCGACGCCUUCCGGCCCGACAUCUCGUCCUCGUCCUUCCAACGGCCCGUCAGCGACAUGAACAUCGCCAGCGGGUGCCCGCUCUUCUGCCCGCUCCUCAAGCUGGACUCCAAAAACUCGUACAUCCGAGACGACACCAUCUUCAUCAAGGCCAUCGUGGACCUCACCGGUCUCUAGGGUAAAACUCAGAGCAGGAACUAGUCUUGAUUUGAGGUCCUCUUUGAGUGACCGCGGCUCGCCGGUUCGAAGCCCCAGGCCUGUUCAACCUAGAGCCGCGCGGCACUUCAACGGUUUUGGUUAGGGGAGGAGUUCUUGUCGGUGGAUAUGAAGAUCAACCGUCGACUAGUUUUACUAGUUGUUAACGCUAAUUGUUUUUUUUGGUUUAUGGUUAAUGACUGGUGAUUUUUUUGGGGAGCGGCGUUCCUUGCCAAAGCUCCCAUAGAGUAGAAUCUGGGA